AUGACGACUUCGUACCGGAAGGAGCUGGAGAAAUACCGAGAUAUCGAUGAAGACAAGAUCCUCAGGGAGCUCUCCCCGGAGGAGCUGGACCAGCUCGACCUGGAGCUGCAGGAAAUGGAUCCAGAAAACGUGAUGCUUCCGGCUGGGUUCCGGCAACGGGACCAGACGAAGAAAGGUCCCACCGGGCCUCUGGACCGCGAUGCCCUGAUGCAGCACCUGGAGAAGCAGGCGAUGGAGGCGAAGGAACGGGAAGACCUGGUGCCUUUCACCGGGGAGAAGAAAGGGAAGCCUUUUAUCCCAAAAGAUCCCAAGAGAGAAAAUAUCAAGGAAGAAGAUGUCAUCCUGGAGCCGGAGCUAGAAGAAGCUUUGGCUAACGCCACCGAUGCCGAGAUGUGCGAUAUUGCAGCCAUUCUUGGCAUGUACACCUUGAUGAGCAACAAGCAGUACUACGACGCCAUCUGCACCGGCAACAUUACAAACACGGAAGGCAUUAACAGUGUCGUCCAGCCCGACAAAUACAAGCCUGUCCCGGAUGAGCCCCCCAACCCCACCAACGCCGAAGAAACCCUGGCAAAAAUCCGGAGCAACGACAAAGCUCUCGAAGAGGUGAACCUCAAUAACAUUAAGGACAUCCCCAUUCAAACGUUGAAAGAGAUCUGCGAGGCGAUGAAAACGAACACCCAGGUGAAGAAGCUCAGCCUGGUGGCGACCCGGAGCAACGAUCCCGUGGCACAUGCGGUGGCCGAGAUGCUGAAGGAAAACAAAACGCUCCGGAGCCUCAACAUCGAGUCCAACUUCAUCACCAGUGUGGGGAUGAUGGAGGUCAUCAAGGCCAUGAAGGGAAACACCACACUGUCCGAGCUGAAGGUGGACAACCAGCGCCAGAGGCUGGGCGACUCGGUGGAGAUGGAGAUGGCCGCCAUGCUAGAAACCUGCCCCUCCAUCAUCCGAUUCGGGUACCACUUCACGCAGCAGGGGCCGAGGGCCCGGGCGUCCAUCGCGAUCACCAAGAACAACGAGCUGCGCCGCAAACAGAAGAAAACAUAAGGGCCUGGGGCACAAUCCCCCUUCCCCAAGCUCCAUCGCGUGGCUGAAUCCAUCACCCCCGGCUUCGUCCGCCAGAACUCCAAAGCCCGACUCAGGCUCUUUCUCCCUCCGCAUCCAAGAGCCUCCCCGUCUUUUAAAUACCUCUGUAAAUAAAGAGACCUGAGCGAUGCCCCCAGA